AUGGCUGCCCUUCCUCAGUACGACUAUCUUUUUGCCUUUGGCACCAUCUUUGCUUUCCUCGAUGCGUGGAACAUUGGUGCCAACGAUGUUGCCAACUCAUGGGCGACGUCCGUCGCUUCGAGGUCCAUCUCCUACCUCUACGCCAUGUGUGCCGCCUCCGUCAUGGAGUUUGCCGGCGCCAUGGGUGUUGGUGCUCGCGUUGCCGACACGAUCCGCACCAAGAUUGUCGACACGGAGCAGUACAACGAUGACCCCGCCGUCCUCAUGCUGGGCAUGGUCUGCGCCGUCGUCGCCUCUUCCCUCUACCUGACCUUCGCCACCAAGGUCGGCUUUCCCGUCUCCACCACCCACUCCAUCCUCGGCGGUGUCAUCGGCAUGGGCGUCGCCAGUGUCGGCGCGAAGAACAUUCUCUGGGUCGGCUCCGGCGGCGGCACCAACGUCAUCAGCACUGGUGUCGUCCAGGUCUUCAUGGCUUGGAUCAUCGCCCCCUGCCUGUCCGCCAUCUUCGGUGCCAUCAUCUUCUCCAUCACAAAGUACGCUGUCCUGCUGAGGACGAACCCUGCCAUGAAGGGCCUCUUUGUCGUGCCCAUCUACUUUGCCAUCACCGGCAUGCUCAUUACCAUGCUGCUCAUCUGGAAGGGCGGCUCGUACGAGAUCAACCUCACCGACCAGGAGAUUCCCGGUGUCAUCGUCGCCGCCGGCAGCGCCUGGGGUCUCCUGAUCGCCACCUUUCUGUGCCCCUGGCUGUACCGUGUCGUCAUUCGCGAGGAUUGGGAGAUGAAGUGGUACCACAUGUUCAAGGGGCCCUUCCUUCUCCGCCGCGGCGAGGUGCCUCCCGCGCCCGCCAACUUCCAGGGCCCCAUCCGCAACUUCUACGCCGGCCGCCUGACACCCGAGCAGCUCGCCGCCCGUCGCGCCGAUGGUGUCGCCGGGGGCGACGUCGACGUCGAGGCCGCCCAGCCCACCGUCGCCGGCGAGAAGGCCAUUGGCUCGACGGCGGCGCUCGCUGCCGCGUCGGAGCCCGAGGCCAUGCCCGAGCACAAGAGCCUCGUCGGCCCCAAGCCCGAGGGCAAGUGGAACACCAAGCCCGUGCUGUUCUGGUACGUCAAGUACGCGCUGCUGCACGGCGUCGACAAGGACGUCGUCGGCUCGCAGAACGACAAGGGCGCCAUCGGCGGCGACCUCGAGGAGAUCCACGCGCGCGCGACGCACUACGACAACCGCACCGAGUUUCUCUUCACGUUCCUGCAGAUCAUGACGGCGUGCUCGGCCUCGUUCGUGCACGGCGCCAACGACGUGUCCAACGCCAUCGGGCCCUACGCCACCAUUUUCGAGAUUUGGCAAAAGGGCUUCAUCCCGCCCGCCGAUAAGGCCCAGGUCCCGCUGUGGAUCCUCGCCUUUGGCGGCGGCGGCAUCGUCAUCGGCAUCUGGACCUACGGCUACAACAUUAUGCGCAACCUCGGCAACCGCCUGACGCUGCAGUCGCCGACGCGAGGCUUCUCCAUCGAGCUCGGCUCCGUCGUCACCAUUAUCCUCGCCACCCGCCUCAAGCUGCCCAUCUCCACGACCCAGUGCCUCACCGGCGCCACCGUCGGCGUCGGCCUCUGCAACGGCGACUGGCGCGCCAUCAACUGGCGCAUGGUCCUUUGGAUCUAUGCCGGUUGGUUCUUGACUCUUCCCGUGACAGGCCUCAUCUCCGGCUCGCUGCUGGCCAUCAUCGUCAAUGCCCCGCGCUGGUCGUGA